CAGAAACGUCUACUUGGUGUUCUCGUAUUUCUGGUUUUUCUUGGGACUUCCCAUGGGUUUCUUCUCCGCCAUGUUUCGAAUCUUGAAGACAAUGGCUGUGGGAGCUCUGAUGUUACCAAGAAUUGAUCACAGCUUAAUGCCGGAUGGUUUUCAACGGCUUGAUGGAGGUAACGAACUUUUGUAAGGGAUUAGCUGGAGCAUUCCAUGGGCCGUGAGCUUGACCGCUGCACCGCCACCCCCCACUGAAUUUUUCCACCUCCCCACCAUUUCCACCAAAAUCCGGCCUUGUGAUAUACAAAAGACGGGCUAGACUAAAGCAUAGGUAUAUUAUAUACACUAGAUAGCGCAUCUCUUUUAGUAGUAAAAUUGAAGCCAAGAAUAUUCCAGCGGUUACCCCCAUUUGAAUAGAUGGCGGCCAUGUUGAAGUUUCCCACUCGCUAAUAAACGCUUAAAAACCAACAAUAACUUUCAUCAUUUGAAUAGUUUGAAAAUGUUGUGGAAUAGGUUUAACUUAAUGUUUAAGUUCCCUGUUUAAGAAAUAGAAAACAUACGAGUCUUCUCAUUUCAUGGGAAUAUCCUGAGUCUGCAAUCACGGCUUCAAUUUUUGAAUUGCAGAAUAAUUAGAUGCACUAUCUAGUGUAUAUAAGAUAUCUAUGGACUAAAGACUAUUUCAUGUCAGUGGCCAUGACUUGGUCUAUGCCUUGGGCGUAACACACCAACUGUAAAACUAUAAUUUUACUGUUUUUAAUUAUAGGCUGCUGUCUUUUUGGCUAACAUUAUUUUGUCUCUUUGAAAGGUUUCAAUGCGUACAUCUGUUAUCUUCACGUACAAACAGCUUACAGAAACCCUGUUCUUCGAGUUUUCUGUCAAAUAUUGAGCGAUGAAACACGUAAGUAUUGGCAAUUUACAGUAUAGAAAUGUUAAUGGCGAAUCGUAUAUUUGAUUUUCUUACUUUAUAUUAGUAAUUAGGUAUUAUUAAGUAAACUUGUUCAAAUUAACGUCGAAUUUCUUCUUUCACAAGUUGUCAAAUGCGGCUAUCGUUACUUCCAGAAAUGGGACAAAGAGCUCGAUAGCAACGAUAUAUAUAGCCGCAAAAGACAUGAAAUGCGCAAACGAUAGGCUAUAGCCGCAAAAGAUUGCCACCCCUAUGGCAUUAAUGAACGUUUUUCCUAUGUUCAACUUUAUCUGUCUUUGCCUGUCAAAAGCAAACAUUGACAGUACUUUUGAUUCUUACCUUAUCCCAUAUACCUGUUUCAUAUAUUUUGUUAUAUUUGCUGUAGUUUUCUGUAUAUUUAAUUGUAUUAAUAUAUUCUGUAAUGUGAUUUUUGAAUAUGAAUUUCUCAUAUCGAGUUCGAACUUUGAAAUGAACUUGCGAACUUCGUUGCGAAGUUCACGCCCAACUUCCGAACUUGAUAACGUAAUUGACAAGUUCGCAACGAAAUUGGGAACAGCGUGUUGAAAAGUUACCUGAAAUCGACAAUAAGACAAUAAGACAAUCAGAAACCACGAAUCUUUUAAAUAAAUAACAAUUAUUAUUAUUGUAUUAAAGGACACAACAGGGAACGAAAAUGGACAUGUUCUGCUCAAGCUCGUGCCAGAUGGUUCCUCGCCCUUACCUUGGCCCGCAACCCACAACUAGCGUCCGACCGUAAACUUGGUAGUCUUCAAGCACCUAAACCUGGUCAAGGUGGUUGUGUCAAACAUGGCGACGUCAAAAUUGAAGUUGGUCGGUAUGGGUUAAUACAAGAUAAGUGAAUGAUAUGUAGUACAGUAAAAACCCACAUACUGUAAAAGAACAACUUUUUUAUAUCACGCUAAAGUUCGUAUUUAAUAGUAGCAUGCGCACAUUCUCAUGACAUGUAAGAGGCUGCGCAACAGUGAAGCAAAGCUUGCCCCAAACUUUUCCAGGUUUGCCAGGGAAAAAAUAUUCCAAUUUGUGACUCCGUUUCGCGUUAUUACCAACGACAAUAGCAUCUGUUGCUUUUGAUAAUUCCCAACAAAUAACUCGGGAGUCUCCAGACAUUUUGGAUGCCUUGUCACACAAAAAGGUUUAGAUAUUGCCAUAUUGCCAAUGUGACUGUAAUUACGCAUAUAUUUUUAUAAUAACUUCACUUCCGCGUUUGCUUCAUUGUUUCGCAGUCUCUUGCAUCGUUUGAUCGAUGUCGUGAGACUGCAUGGGAGCAGGCUAUUAUAAUAGGUAGUUAGUGAGCAACGAGGCUAGAGUUGGUUCUUAACUGGUUCUUAUUUCUAGGAAUUUAAAUGUGCCAUUACGCUGGUAAGGUCACUCAGACAAUGGCGGUCGUUUUAAUGGGGUUAAUGAUGGACUCAGGCAACACGUCAUGUCCGUCAAUUUUGCGGGGUCCAAACAGGCGGUGUUUCAGCGCGGGGCCCCUGAAAGAGCCCAAGUCCCCCAGAAAACGCGAGGCCCCAAAUUAAAUUUAAUUUAAAUUUAAUUUAAAUUAAAUUUAAAUUUUUGGCACCAAAAAGCAGGGCCUCCAGACGUUUUUUGUUUUCCCUGUUGCAGUGUUUCAGCGUGGGGCCCCAAAGAGCCCAAGUCCCCCAGAAAACGCGAAGCCCCAAAUUAAAUUUAAAUUAAAUUUAAUUUAAAUUAAAUUUUAAAUUUUUGGCACCAAAAAGCAGGGCCUCCAAACGUUUUUUUUGUUCCCUGUUGCAGUGUUUCAGCGCGGGGGCCCAAGGUCCCCAGAAAACGUAAACUUUUUUUUUGUUCAGUGUUUCAGCGCGGGGCCCCAAAGGGCCCAAGGUUCCAAGAAAACGUCUGGCCCCAUCACACCCAGGGGAUUUCAUGCGUUUCCCCAAAAUUUAAAAAUCGAGGCCCCAAAGAGCGGGGCCCCAAACGUGUUUCCCCCCUGUUUCAGCGCGGAAUCCAAACAACGCGGGACCCCAAAGAGUCCAAGGCUCCCAAAAACGGAGCCCCAAAAUAUAAAAACGCGAGGCUUCAAAAGCAGGGCCGGAAAAAUUUUUUUGUUCCUUCUUUGGACAAGGGACUCCAAAAAGUGAGGCCAAAAAAAUGACAGGGGUCAGAAAAUUUCAAAAUUCGCAGUUCUUCUUCUGAAUACUAUAAGAUUGCUGAAUGUUGUGGAAGACGUCGGAAGUUUAUAUGGAUGCUAUCAUGUUUAGCUAUUUUCCUCUGUAAAUAAUAAUAAUGGUAAUUGUAUAAACUGGAUUGAAUUUCAGUUUCUUUUUUUCUUUUUUAACACACAGGAAACUUUACAACGCAUGAAAUACAAAGAAUAUUUUUUAAUCUUACUGAAUUCAGUGUCUAAAAUGCCGUUGGGCGAUGUGGGGGGUGGCGGUCAAGGGGCCCCGCGCUGAUAUUAUGCCACGGGCCCCGCGGAACGUUAAUCUGGCCCUGUUUCUAAAUGGUCGUAUAUAAAAGUGUGGGUAAAGGAUGAAACUACGUUUAAUAUUCUUAACCUAGUAACGUAAAAUAUAAUUUUAAUAAUUUUAUCUGUUUUACUAAGCACAUUCUCUCUUUCGCCUUCUCAAUUUUAUGUCAAAAGUAUCAUGCCCAACUGCACAG